AUGUUGCGAAAGUCCUCAGCAAGGCACAGUUACUUGCAUACAUCUUUCUUGAAUGUGCAUCAACCAAACUUGUCUGGUGUCAGCUAUGUCUAUUAUAGACAGCAUUCAAUCGACACCACUGCGCUAUCCAGUUUCUUCCCAAGCCAAACCACCAUCGACUACCCAAACACUUACUCUCACGACAUGCGUCCCCAAUCUACCCUACCUGCUGUCACCACCGCAGUGCUCGCCAUUGCGCUCUCAGUAACAGCAGCGCCAGCGCCCCAGUCGAUCACCAAGCGAGCCCCCGAGCUCAGCCUGACGGCUCAAUUGAAACUGGCAGACACGGCUAUUGAACGCUACGCCCUCCUUCCAGACGACUCAGACUUUGUCUUUGACUUCAACACAGCUGAGACUCCAAUCGCCACAAGCCAGAACUUCUAUCCACUUGUUGGCACCGGGAUCUCGUUCAAUAUGGGAUCGUUACCUGCAUGCAGCAUGUCCUUCGUCCACCUGCAUCCACGCGCCACCGAGCUCCUCACCCUAACCUCUGGUCACGUCCUUACGGAGAUGGUCCCUGAGGCCGGCGUUACCGACUCCUCCGGCAAGCCGCGGGUGAUCAAAACCGAUCUCCACGCCGGCCAAAUGACCAUUUUUCCGGCGGGCUCAUUCCAUACCCAGGUGAAUCCGGACUGCUCGGCCGCGAAUUUUACCGCUGCGUUUACGUCUGAUGAGUUUGCAGUGGCAAUGGUUGCAAGGCAGACGUUUGAGUUCAGUGAUGAUAUUAUUGCGGCGAGCUUUGGACAGGUUAUUGCCGGGGAGGACAUCGAGCAGGUGAGGGAUGCCAUUCCGAAGUCUCUCGCGAUCGAGGUUGAGGGGUGUCUGAGCAAGUGUGGGAAACAGACGAGAUUCCGACGGAACCUCACUGUGUCUGAGCCCCUGUUGAAUCCUCUGAACAAGUAUCACCAGGUCACUUACCGUCUAGGUGGCUCUACUGCUUUACCACUCACUCUCUGGGACAUCCAGAUGGCUAAGGGUGCCUCAGCCAAGCUGCGGCUGUAUAAGCGUAUGCGAAAACCUGCUUGUCUACCGCACGAGACAUUCCUGGACCAGAACGCAGCCUCGAACCAUGGCUCGAGGACAGACAAACAGCACUUCAAGCGCGAGAAAGGUAAUGUAUAUACUGCUGAAGUGGAUUCAGUGCAACUACAUCAGGUUCUGUUUGAGCACUGUUCGCAUACGUCAGUGGUCAGCCUAGAGCCCGCCGGAUCUUCGGCAUAG